UUAUUUGAAAUUGACAUAUUACACCAAUAAUAUACAGAGGUUUCCUUACUCAGGAGUGAGCCUUGCUUUGAAACAAAACACUCUCUCUUCUUCGAUUGGUGAAGCCCUAGCCCCUCCUCUCUUCCUCUUCUUCCUUCUUUCGCUUCAUCAACCAGGUAAGGACACUGUAAGAAAUGCGCUCUCAGUUAGCAAUGGCGUCGAAGAAUAGAAUCCUUAAAAGAGAGUUCAAUGGGCUUAAGAAGAAGCAUUCUUCACCAACCAUGUCGAGUGUUACCUACGUUGAACGAAACAACAUCGUUAAUUGAUUGCUUUCUUAAUUUAUUUCAAAGAUGUCACAAGGGAAACUGCCACUGGCAAAUCCCCAAAAGUUCAACUUCUUCUACGGUCACCGUAAGCCUUCCCAGAACCGCCCCAUAGUCCGAGGUGGCCUCUUUUCCAACCGUCAAACCAUCAGACCUCCAAAACCUGAACCCAAACACCAAUCACAGCCGUCUGAUCUCUCUAAAUGGGACCCAGAUCACUUUCCAUCCCAACAGUCGAAACCAAGCAAUGUUGCAGCCGCAACACUCUCCUUUUUGUCCCCCAUUGCUCGGUUCAUUGUCGAUGCUUUUCGUAAGAACCAGUCCCAGUGGGGGCCACCUGUUGUUUUUGAGCUCAGGAAGCUCCGAAGGGUCACCCCCGAGCUUGUGGCUGAGGUCCUUAAGGUACAAACUGAACCAGCUUUAGCUUCGAAGUUCUUCCAUUGGGCUGGUAAGCAAAAAGGUUACAAGCAUAACUAUGGUUCUUACAAUGCGUUUGCUUAUUGCCUGAAUCGUACUAACCGGUACCGGUCUGCUGACCAGGUGCCUGAGUUGAUGGAAUCUCAGGGUAGGCCUCCUAGUGAGAAGCAGUUUGAGAUUCUCAUUAGAAUGCACUCUGAUGCCAAUAGGGGUCUCAGAGUGUAUUAUGUGUACGAGAAGAUGAAGAAGUUUGGUGUUAAACCGAGAGUUUUUUUGUAUAAUAGGAUAAUGGAUGCUUUAAUUAAAACGGGUUAUUUAGAUUUGGCUUUGUCAGUUUAUGAGGACUUUAAGGAUGAUGGUUUGGUGGAAGAGAGUGUUACUUUCAUGAUUUUGAUAAAGGGUCUUUGCAAGUCCGGUCGAAUUGAGGAAAUGUUUGAGGUUCUGGAGAAGAUGAGGGUGAAAUUGUGCACUCCCGAUGUGUUUGCGUACACGGCUAUGGUGCGAGUAUUGGCUUCCGAGGGGAAUUUAGAGGGCUCUUUGCAGGUUUGGAAGGAAAUGAAGAGAGACAGAGUUGAACCUGAUGUUAUAGCUUAUACAACUAUGAUCAAUGGUUUGUGUAAAGGAGGAAGGGUUGAGAAGGGUUACGAAUUGUUUAAGGAUAUGAAGGAGAGGGGAAUUUUGAUCGAUAGAGCUAUUUAUGGGACAUUGGUUCAGGCUUUUGUAGUAGACGGGAAAGUUGGGCAGGCUUGUGAUUUGUUGAAGGAUUUGAUGGAUUCAGGGUAUAGAGCAGACUUGGGUAUUUAUAACUCUCUUAUUCAAGGACUGUGUAACGUUAAGCGAGUUGACAAGGCACACAAGCUCUUCCGAGUGACUGUUCAGGAGGAUCUAGGGCCAAACUUUGAGACUGUUAAUCCCAUUUUGGUGUCUUAUGCAGAGAUGAAAAAGAUGGAUGAGUUUUGUGAGUUGCUUGUGCAGAUGAAGAAGUUGGGAUCUUCCGUCAUGGAUGAUCUUACCAAAUUCUUUUACUUUAUCGUGGGAAAGGAGGACGGAGUAAAGAUGGCGAUGGAAGUGUUCGAGGACUUGAAAAUCAGGGGUUACUAUACUGUUGCAAUCUACAAUAUUCUGAUGGAGGCUUUCCACAGAAUUGGGAUGGCAACAAAGGCACUGUCACUUUUCGAUGAAAUGAAAGAUAUGAAUGUUCAGCCAGACUCAUCAACUUAUAGUAUUGCAAUCGAGUGUUUUGUCGAAGAUGGGAAUGCUAAAGAGGCUUGUGCGUGCUACAAUAAGAUAAUCGAGAUGUCUUGUGUUCCAUCUGUUUCUGCAUAUCAGUCACUUGCUAGAGAGUUAUGCAAGACCGGUGAGAUUGAUGCAGCUAUGCUGCUCGUUCGCGACUGCUUGGCUAGUGUGAGAAGUGGGCCGAUGGAGUUCAAGUAUGCACUUACUAUUAUCCACGCUUGCAAAGCUAGAAACGCUGCAGAUGUCCUAUCGGUGCUGAGUGAAAUGAUGCAAGAAGGAUGUCCUCCGGAUGAUGUUGUAUGCUCCGCUGUUAUCUUCGGAAUGUGUAAGUAUGACGCUAUAGAGGAGGCAAGGAAGGUCUUUUCGAACUUGAGAGAGCGCAAAGUUUUAAGUGAAGCGAGGACGAUCGUGUAUGAUGAAAUACUAAUCGAACAUAUGAAGAAAAAGGCGGCAGACUUGGUUGUAUCUGGAUUGAAGUUUUUCGGUUUAGAAUCUAAGCUGAAACGAAAGGGUUCUACCCUGCUGUCGAAUUGAAGAUCUGAACUCGGGGAAACUUACUUUCUUGCCUACUAAUCUUACAGAAAGGGGUCCUCAAGGGAGCUGCCGAUGAUGAUGCUAUUAAGUGUCAUGACGUCUUAGACAGGUUAUUUACUUCCACUUAAUUCUGAUGCUAUAUAAAUGUUAUUUGAGAUUAUACUUAUCUUAUCUGUGAGAUUGUUUAUUGUUUAUUGUUGCCCUUAAAUGUGUUCAUCUGUUACUCCCAUCAAUUUCUUAAAUUAAAAUGAGCCCUUUUUUUAUUGCCUAUUAUGUGAUUUAUUAAGAAUUAAGAGAUUAUUUUUGACAGAGGACGAUGUUCUAAAUUAGUUUUUAAAUGUUUGUUUUAGAUGUUGCUAGAACGGGUUGAGAUCGAUUGCAAUACAAUAAAUAUAAAUCAUGACUGAUCUGUUGUUAUUUUUUCGACAUAAAUAAUCAAUUUUCUUUUUCUUCUUUCAAAUUUCAAAUGUUUCUGUAGUUUAGUAUUUAGUACUGUAUGAGCACUUGUGAAGGAGAGUUUGAAUCUAAUUUUGUGACUUUCCUUGGUGCUCUUUCAGCUUGUUCUCUCAUGCUAGGCUGGUAGAUAAGGGUCUCAAGAUCUCAAGAUGAAGCGUUGAUCUUUUGGGGUGAGCAAGGCGUUUGAAUCAAGCUCGGGAGUUUGUAAAGGCAAUACCUCAGAAGCCCAACUCAGAUGUGUGGGUUGCUGCUGUGCUGAAUUUAGUUUGUAAGAUUUCAUACAACUCUUGCUAUAAUUGUGGCAGUGGACAAUGAUUGCUACUCUCCUUUGAAGCAGCAGUAGAGUUGUGUCGGCUCAAAUGUACGACUCGCUGAUGACACCAGUACUGCAGCAGAGGAAAACAGUAGAGAUACCAAAGAAGAAGAAAAAGAGGUUUGGUCGGAGGGUUUUCGGUUGGUUUACCUGCUGCUUAAAACUGGUAGAAUUUUCAAAGAAUUGUUAUGAUAAGGAGAAACAAACGAGUGUGAUAAGAAUUUAAGAGUUAAUUUCCUUAAUUGAGAUUUCAUUUCAGUGGAAAUAAUAUCAAUAAUAAUGGAAUCGAAUGGUUUAAUCUGUAUCUUCUUCUUCUGAUUGGUCUCAAAACUACACAUUAAUUUGUUGCAUGAAUUAAUUUAUAAGUGUUUGUCUUUGCCA